CACACACUGUGCGCUUUCGAUUUGGUUUCCUCAGUUAGACCCAUGAGUGUUUGACUAUGGACGCUACGUCAAAGACGGGAUGGCUGGUCAUUGUGACUAUUCUGUUGGCAUGCACUGUACUCUAUACAGCAGCGAAACCUGAGGAAAAAGAUUACAAAAAGUUACUACGCGGCAUCCAACAGCAUAAAUCAAACAUUGACACCAAGAAUACGAUCAACGAUGAUACCGUUAAAAUUGGUGACACCCACAAGAAACUUGUCAAAGAGUUAUUCAAACUCACCAUUGAUGGUAAGAAAAAAACACGCGCCCAGCUUCCAGAAAAGCACACCAAAUCGGAGAGUGUUAAAAAAACCAUGGCUAAUCCGAAACUAAAGAAGAUGACCGGGCCGCCCCACGCAAAAAGUUCCAAAUCCGAGUUACAGUCCAAAUCUAAUGACAUAAAGACAUUAUUGAAUAAACGUGGAUUCUGUGACUCUUACCAAUUUGCAUGUGAAAAUAAACGGUGUAUACCCAAUUCAUGGCGGUGUGACAAUUGGGACGAUUGUGGUGACAACUCAGACGAAGAAUACUGUGGUUGUCAAGCUCAUCAGUUUCCCUGUGAAAAUCGUGAAUGUGUAUAUGCCUCCUGGCAAUGUGACGGCUAUGAUGACUGUGGUGACAACUCAGACGAAAGAGGAUGCG